UUGACUCAGGAUGACUAUUCUGUCCCUGCUUCAUAUUCAAGACACAUUUUGACUGAGACCUCUCUCUCUCUCUCUCUCUCUCUCCCCCCUCUCUCUCCCUCUCUCGCUGUCUGUUGGCUUCAUGGCUGUUAUGAUGUAAAAUGAAGAGAAGAAGCAAAAGUGGGAGAAACAACCGGAGAACCUGUGUUUCACCAGCUGAGACCCAGAUCCUGAGACUUGCCCAAGGAGAAGUCAGUUCUUGCAUCAGUGGACUCAGAGUCUUCUGCAAUGUCCCACUCCUCGAGGCUGAAGUAUGUGUCUCUGGGGGUGCUGGUGGUGCAGACAACCUCACUGGUGCUCACCAUGCGCUACUCCCGCACCCUGAAGGAGCAUGGUCCGCGAUACUUGGCCUCCUCAGCUGUAGUGUCUGCUGAGGUGCUGAAAGUCCUCACCUGCAUCCUCUUGGUCUUCAGGGAGAGCAGGUUCAGUGUGCAGGCCAUGAAUGAGCUGCUGAAGGAGGAGAUUGUGAACAAACCCUUGGAGACCAUAAAGUUGGCAAUUCCUGCAGGAAUCUACACGCUGCAGAACAAUCUGCUCUAUGUUGCCUUGUCCAACCUGGAUGGAGCUACCUAUCAGGUCACAUACCAGCUGAAGAUCCUCACCACAACACUGUUCUCUGUCGUCAUGCUGGGGAAGAAGCUGAGUUUCCACCAGUGGCUCUCCUUGUCCUUUCUCAUGGUUGGAGUCACACUUGUGCAGUUACCUCAGGAUCCUCAAGCUGAGCAGAAGGUCCUGUCUGCAGGCUCACAGUUUGUGGGACUGAUAGCUGUGCUCACAGCCUGUGUGUCCAGUGGCUUUGCUGGAGUUUACUUUGAAAAAAUCCUCAAGGAAACUAAACAGAGUGUGUGGGUCCGUAACAUACAGCUGGGAGUCUUUGGCUUCAUAUUUGCGUUGGCAGGAAUGAUCAUAUAUGAUGGAGAGCAGGUGCAAGAAUCAGGAAUAUUUCAGGGCUACAACACUUUAACCUGCAUUGUUGUUGUCUUACAGGCGCUGGGCGGGCUGAUCAUAGCGGUGGUUAUUAAAUAUGCAGACAACAUCCUCAAAGGAUUCGCUACUUCCAUGUCUAUCAUUGCGUCUGCUGUCAUUUCAUAUUUCCUGUUGGAGGACUUUAAUCCUACUGGUGCAUUUUUCUCAGGGGCAGUUCUGGUUAUUGUUGCCACAUUUCUCUACAGCUACCAGUGCAAACCUGCCACUGUUAGCAUCAUCAAGAUAGAGACCUGACCAAAAACGACUGCCAAAUACAGACGCCAUGGUACUGUGGAAAUGAACGAGUUAUCAAAGCGGUGAUUUCUAAUCAAUCACGACAGGACAUUGUGGAGAAUCCACGUGUUGCAUCAAACCUCAACAAGGAACACUGUUUUGCACAAACGAUUAGGAUCAAUAAUGCAGUUCCUUUGUACUCUGCUGCUAACUUGAAAUGUCAGCACACACUGUGGCAGUGAAGCAAACCAGUCAUUAUGACUUAAUUAUAAUCACAACAUUCCGUAUGAUCAAUUUAAAAGGACAGUGAGAAGAAACUGAUGGCUGAAAUGGCUGAAUGUUCUCCAUAUCUGUUUAAAGGCUAUGCUGACACCAAGAGGAACAAACUUUGAUGGAGCUUCCAUCUAGUGGUAAAAUGAAGAAUGAAACUGAUGCACAGAGGAAGGGGUUAACUCUCUGUUCAAAGGCGCUGAAUGUCCUUUUUUUGUAUGAGAUGAGAAAAGAUGGGAUGUUAUUGCUCUGACCUUGCUGCGCAGACUAUUUAUAUCAAACUGUUAUUUAAAUGCAAAAUAAAGGUCUUUGUGGAAGAGUGAA